AUGGCAAACUGGGCAGCAAUAGGAUCAAUAAUUCUUCCCAAUGCCGGAGGUUGGGCAAAUGGUGUAUACUUUGCUGGUCAAAUCCGUAAAGAUAAUGAAAAAGCUUGGUACGAUACCUUGAAGAAGCCAUGUUGGACCCCUCCUAAAUGGGUGUUUGGACCUGCUUGGACCAUGCUAUACAGUGGUAUGGGCUAUGCUUCAUACCUUGUGUAUGAGGAAUGUGGUGGUUUUACUGACGAGGCUGUUUUGCCUUUAACAUUGUAUGGCGGUCAACUGUUACUCAACUGGGCGUGGACCCCCAUUUUCUUCGGUCUUAAGGACUUUAAAAUGGCAUUUAUAGAAAUAUCAGUACUAAGUGGGGCAGCAGUAGCUACGGCGAUUACUUUCGCUAAAGUCGACAAGGCAGCAGGAAGAGAAGAAGGAAUAAGAUGGAGGAAG